AUGCUCAACGAGACGUGCAAUUUCGAAGAAUCAACUGGAUUUCAGAUAAUUCAUAUUUUAUCUAGCUCGAUUUCGAUACCAGUAUACGUUUUUGCAUUUUUCAUACUUUUAUUCAAAAGUCCAGAACAUUUUCAAAGUUAUAGAAAUUAUCUAGUAGCUCAUAUUUUGUCAGGAUUUCUACUGGAUAUUCAUAUGAACUACAUUUGGAGAGUCAAUAUUGUUCUACCGAUUCCAAUAAUGUGCUCCAAUAGUUUCACCGCUGAAUAUGCUCCAAUUGUGUUCCAACUCCUUCCAUUUUGCAUAAUUUUUACUGGAAUUUCAGUCGUUUCACUCUUUGUUUACCGUAUGGAAGCGGUGAUUCUUCACAGGAUUGAAAUUACGGAAAUGAGAAAAUCAGUGUAUUAUUCGAGAAAUUCGUUAUAUGUGACUGUGAUUUUUUUGGCACUGUUCUCAAUUUUAAUGUAUCCAGCAUUGAAAUAUCAAAAGGAUUAUAAGAUGAAAAUGGAAAUGGUGGAGGUGCGGCAAAUUCCAGCCUUUUUUAUUUCAGCUUUUUUUAAACUUAAUUUUUUAAGCGAUUUGGUACAUUCCAACCGUACAUGUGACUUUGGUCCAUAUUGUAUGCAUUUUGAUCCCCUGCUCGGGGUAUUAGUUGCCAUUUCUGUAAUGGUUAGAUUGUCUCAAUUUCCAUAUCUCCCAUAUAUCCUAGUUAUGAUAAUUCAGGAACAUGGUGCCGCGUCUACCGUAACCAUGUUUCUAACCAACAAUUUAUUACGGAAAACUAUGAAAAAAAUGAUGCCAUUCAAAUUUGAACACAAUACAACCAUGGUGCAUACUGUGCUAAAUUCUGGAGCAGAUUCUAGAUAUUUCUGA